UCUUUUUCACCGUCGAUCGACGGUCGUUGUUUUUGUAGUUGUUUAGUCUGUGCUGAGUGCUUGACCGAUGUGGUCGUGUUUUGUCUCGCAACAAUAAGUGCGGUGCAAACGAAUGGUCCGGUUGAACGCAGUGGUGACGGCUCGCGCCGAUCCCAGCACCUCGCUCCAGACGAACGAAUCGAAAAUGCAUAUCCUAGAGAUCGGUGCUGAUCAAGAUGACGAAGGCACAGCGCGCGCCGCCGAUGCUGUAUUCCGGACGGUACCGCGCGACCAUACAACCUUCCUUGUCUGGAAAAUCACGGAGAAGGGCACGGAGCUGGUGCCGCGGUCGCAGUACGGAACAUUCUACGACGCCGAGGCCUACCUCGUGUACUCGUGCUCGCUGCCCGGACACCCGGCCGGCCCGGAUGUCAUCAGACGGGAAAUAAAAGAGAACGGCGAAUGCAGCGAGCGACACAUCCACGCUUGGUGUAGCGAACGGUCAGGCCAGCUGGGGUCGGCCGCGCUGGCUCGCGCCGCGCGUCUCGCCGCGCACCUGCCUGCGCCCGCUGUGCUGCACCGCGAGCCAGCCACUAGGGAGUCACCGCGACUGCUCUCCUACUUCAAGGAUGGGAUCAGGAUCUUCCGCUCGGGUGCGACGACCGGUGGAGCGCGACUGUACCGUGUGCGCGGCGCCCGGCCGCUGCUACUGCAGCUGGAGCCGGUGUGCUGGGCACAGCUCGCCUCCGACGGAGUCUUCGUCCUGGAUUCCGGCGCUCUUCUCGUGCUCUGGCUUGGACGCACCGCCAACUUGAUUGAGAAGAUAUUCGGCGCUAAGAUCGCAUACCGCAUGUCCCGAGGAAUAGAGAAAGGAUCUACAACUCGACGAAUCGUGAUUGCGCAUGAUGGCUACGAGCAGACGCUUCCGGUGACAGAGAGAACAUUGCUCGCCGGCCUGCUCGAGCCGAGGACGCGCGUGGUCCGAACCGCGCCGGCGCCGGAGCCCCCACGCCCGGCGCGUCUGUACCGCGCAGCCCAGCCCCGCAUGCCUCACGCCGCCCUCACCUUGCCCUCGCAGCGGCCCGCUGCGCGACUUGAGGAAGUAAAGCGCGCGCCCUUGUAUAGAGAAGACUUAACUGAUGAUGGAAUUUACGUGGUGGACGCUGGCAACCGAGGCGUGUGGGCGUGGGUGGGCUCUGGUGCGGGGGGUGCUGCAGCGCGCGGCGCGCUGGCGGCGGCGCGGGGAUUGGCGCGCGCGCGUCGUUACUGCGGCCCAGUAAGCUGCUGUGCCGCAGGCCGCGAGCCAUUGGAGUUCGCGGCACUGUUUCACCGCUGGCGCUGGUGCGAUGCGCGCCGAGACGUUCGGCUCCGCGCUGCACGCUCCGCCACCACUAAGCUGGAUGCGGUCAGCCUAGCUACUAAUGCCUGGCUUGCAGCUGAGGCGCAGGUUCCUGACGACGGGUCGGGGUCGCUGCGCAUGUGGCGGGUGCAGCGCGCCGACGAGCCGGCUGUACCCGCGGCCGCGCUGGCCGAGGUGGAGCGCCCACAGCACGCCGUCUUUUACGACCAGGACUGCUACAUCGCGCUCUAUACAUACCACGCGCCUACAGGCGAACAAUCUGUGCUUUACUACUGGAUGGGUGGCUCUUCACCAAAUGAACUGAGGGAUUUGGGAGCAAAAGAAGCCAAAGAUCUGUACGUUAAAUUAGGUCGUCUUCCAGUCCAGGCUUGGGUGUACCAAGGCAAGGAACCGGCGCAUUUUCUGCAAAUAUUCAAAGGAAGGAUGACCACGUAUGUUGGCAGUGCCACAGAUUAUGAUCCAAGCGGCAGACGUGUGGUGGCGCCAGUGCGCGCUAUGAUCCGCGUGUCCGGUCAGUACGCGCGGGAGGCCCGGGGCGAGGAGGUGCGGUGUGGGGCAGGCGGGACGUCAGCUGGCGAGGCGCGCGGGGCGUGCUACGUGGUGCGCGAGGGCGCGCGGGUCUGGGUGUGGUGCGCCGCCUGCGCCACCGGUGAUGAGCGCGAGGUCGCCAAGAAUAUGGCCGCCGCCGAACACACCCUCGUCAUGCAAGGUAAAGAGAAAAGCGACUUCUGGACGGCAUUAGGUGACCGGCGACAUUUGCUGGUCGCGACUCCGCUCAAGGAAGUGGAGCGCCCGCUGCCCCCGCGGCUAUUCUACGUGUCUUUCGGGCCACCCGGACAGUAUUCUUUUGAGGAGAUAAUCUCCGUGAAUCAGUACGAGCUUGCGCCGGAGAUCGCGGCAGUGCUGGACGCGCACACGAGCGUGUUCGUGUGGCUGGGCGCGCUCUGCUGCCCGCGUGCCAAGGACGACGCUCGCAACAUCGCCGCCACAUACCUCGCACAUGAUCCCGCGGCACGAGAUCCGGAGACGCCGAUCAUUGUUCUGAGCCAGGGCCGGGAGCCACCAAACUUCACUGGCUUCUUCCCACACUGGAAACAUACCAUGUGGAAGAGCCACAAGAGUUUUGGUGCGAUAAUGAGCGCGUUGGAAGGCAAGGCGAUCGUGCAGGGCGGCAACAGCGCGGUGCGGAGCGGCAACAGCGCCAACCAAUUCGACCUGCAUGAGAAGUACCCGCCGGCGCUGCUGCGCGGACCCAAGGAACAUCUGCCUCCUGACGUCAACCCUCUCACUAAAGAGCUGUAUUUGACGCACGAUGAUUUCGUGUCGACAUUCAACAUGGCGUACAGCGAUUUUCGUGUGCUGCCCAGCUGGAAGCAGAGGGAGAUGAAGAAAGCUGUCGGACUCUUCUAACAUAAGAACAAAUAGCGGGAGAUGUGUAUCGAGCUUUACUACUUUAUUUGCUAUAACACAACUCUUGUGACGUUAUGUAAUCAUUCGCAAUUCUUGCAGUUUUUGGAUAGAUCUACAACUGCCGAUUAGAUUUCUGUUCUCUUUCCCUUUUGUUAUUUAAUAAAAGGUA